AUGCAAGAAUCCGACACGGAGCUGCUAAUCCAGACCAAAGAAGAUCAUCCAUGCCGCCUCCACCCUGAAUACGAUGUGAUAUCCUCCACAACAACCCACGAUAUUUCGCCUUCACCAGUCGUUACCAAGAUUUUAUUCCUCGACGGCGUGCGAGGAACCGCAGUCAUCUUCGUCGUCACGGAGCAUGCUGGCUACAUGCGCGACCUCUUCAUGGGCGCCGUGGGCGUCGACGCCUUCUUCGUGUUGUCCUCAUUCCUGCUGACCAUGAUCUUCAUGAAGAAAAGCAUCAAGCUGCUGGAAGAGCAAGCGUCCUACCACAAGUGGGGGUGGACGCUGGCCGACUACUUCUCCAAGCGAUUCUUCCGAGUCUACCCGCUGUUUGCGUUGCUCUCGUUGGUGUUGUGGCUGAUGCCGUUCGAGUACAAGAACCGCUACUAUCGGAUCACAAAGCCCGAGGACUUCAACUUGUUCCUGACGCUCACGUUCCACCCGGAACACCGGCACUAUGUUCUGUGGACGCUUCCGCUUGAGAUCGCGUACUACUUCAUUAUACCCACGUUCGUGUUUGCCGUACUCAAGCUGGGUCGCUUCUGGUGGGUAUUAUUCAUCCCGCUCUACGCCUGGGUCAUUUACGAGGGACUUUACUCUACCCGAGACAACUUCCACCAUCAACCAUUGAGCAAACACCUGCCCACAUUCACCGCGGGUUCCAUGACCGCAGCUAUCUUUGUCAAGGUGGAGGCAUGGAUCAAGAAGACCGGGUUUAACUUCAGCAAGCUGCCCGUCAUUGGACUUCGAGUGGCGGAAUCUACAUUGGUUGCGCUCUACCUCAGCGUCGUCUUCCGUGGAUUGUUCUUCAACUGGUUGGGGAUCCCACUACCGCGUCCGACCAGGUACAGUAUGCCGUUCACGAGCGUCAACUUGUCCCUCAUUCUUGUCAUCGAGAUGCUGCAGCCGUCCAGCGUGUCGAUGAUCUUUGAGUGGACAGCUCUUCGAUACUUGGGCAAGAUCAGCUUCUCCGUGUAUUUGCUGCACGUGUUCGUGAUUUUCACGCCGCUGAUCCAGGAGCAGGCAGACUACUAUGACAAGAUGUUCGCGGUGUUUGGGCUGGCGGUUCUACUGGCGACGGCGUCGUACUACUCGAUCGAGUAUCCGUCGCAGCUAUUGAGCGGGUGGAAACUAAUGGAUCCGUACGCCGACAUGCUCAUCAAUCCAGACGCCAUCACAACCACAAAUCCAGACGCCAACAUGCCCACGAGCCCAGACGCCACCUUGACCACGGGUCCGAAUGCCGACAUGCUCACGAACCCGGACGCUGCGGAUCUCGCCAGUCAGGUACAAGCAGUCAAGCAUAAUGUGAUCGGCCAGAAGACUACGUUCGUGGAAUAUGUCGUUAUGUAG